AUGUACACUACAGAGCCAGGACCCUCUUCAAGUGAUACAGUUUUGUCAGGAAGGAGUGUGGAAGUGGAGGAAGAGGUGAAAGACAGUGCCGGCAGUACCAACACAGAUGAUGAGGAUGGAGCAAAUGAGAGAAGAGACGGCCCGCAGCCCGAGGUCUCCCGCAGAGACGGCCCGCAGCCCGAGGUCUCCCGCAGAGACGGCCCGCAGCCCGAGGUCUCCCGCAGAGACGCACCGCAGCCCGAGGUCACCCGCAGAGACGCACCGCAGCCCGAGGUCACCCGCAGAGACGCACCGCAGCCCGAGGUCUCCCGCAGAGACGCACCGCAGCCCGAGGUCUCCAGCAGUGGUCUACAGCUAUGA